GCCCCGAUCAAGUGACUCAUCCACAUAAGGCCCAAUACAUUCCGCUCUUUGUCAGAUGCUCCACAGGUUUCCCAAAAACAUCAAGCGUGUUUCCACGACCGGCGCCGCCCAGGACUUUUUUGGGGGAAGGUUGUUUACAAAAUGGCUCUCUCAGGCUAUUCCGCGUGCUCAAUCACGUUCGCAGCGGCCACUACGAGCCGUAGACCUGUUAUCAGACAUAUACAGUUUGUUCAGCGUUCAACAAGAUGGUCCUGCUGACCUUGUUCCUCGCCCCAAUGUCAGUGUAGCUUUGAUACUUGCACGUUCUGUUGGUGCUGGUGUGAUCCGUUACUGCGGGCCUUCCCGCCCCAGCGUCGCAUAUUAUUAUUUUGGUUUCUUCUAGAAGCUCUAGAAGCUUCGGCUGCGCAUCCCUAUACAAUAGCCAUAUCUUAUCUCCACAGCUCUCGCCCUCCACCCAACUGUCAACCAACUGCGAUGUUUGGGUCUGUCACUUAACGUGCUGUUGAAUGCAAGGUUGUGUACUAGGCAACAGCAUUUACAUCUUUCGACACCCUUGGUAACUCAGCUCGGGACCAUGAAUGUCCCUGCAUUCAACUGCACCUCUUGCCACCUUCUAAACGACAUACUCCUACGAGUCCUACGACAGCGUACCCCCAGCGCCCGCAACUGCUCAGAUGAGGGAUCCUGAAUUUCCGCCAAAGUGAUUCAUG